GUCAGCCGUAUAGAGCCACCGCGCCAGCAGCAGAGAAGCUAACCGGCGCAGCCGAAAAAGCCUUCUGCGCGAUCACGUACCUAGUUAUAUUGCGUACGGAAUAGAUGUAGAGGAAUCAUUUCGCUUCCGUCUAUCAAGUAGAGUGGUCGUGCUUUUCGGGGUCCAAGCGCAUCUAAUAGAGCAAAAAAAAAAUAAUAAUAAUAAUAAUAGUAACAAGACCCCGCCGAAGCCGAUUUGAGUGAACGGUACACAUUACGUUGAAAGUUUUGUGCAAUUUUUGUGAGCAAGAUUAAACGAUUUUUUUUUAUUUCCAUCAAUUAACGCGGCCCAUAGUUCGCUUAGGGGCUCUUGAUCCAGAUUGGUAGAACCGAUUGAUGGCAAAAAAUAUAAUUGCAGCUGAUUUUUGGUGUGAACAGAGAACAAGAGUUGAAAGUUUUUACUGCGGAGCUGUGCACUGACUGAUUGGGUUCAAACAUUCUCGAGUUCUACAUAGCUUUUACGGAUCGAUUGCUCGAGGUACUGUUGUGAGUUUUUUUCGGCUUCGAAAACACCCGGAAUACCUGUACAUGUGUAGUCAUUGGUUGUUUUUUUUUCUGGGUUUCCUCGUUGUGAGUGAAUGCUUUCCAUUCUAUGAUAAUAAACACAAAAAGCGAGCGCAAAAAAGUGUAAAUUCGAAAGAAGAUACAGUUCAUGUGGUAUUCAUGUAAUUUAUCUUGAUAAAUCUUGAAUGAUCUGAGUUGCUGUUUUGAAGCUGUCCAGUUGCGUGCAGUGCCCCGGGAUUAUAUCCUAGAACCAGAGUUCAUUCGUGGCAGAAACGAACAUCGCGCGGGGCAAGAUUUAAGAGCUGAUAAUUUCCAUAUCAUUCGAAGGAUUCUGUCGAGCGAGUGAUUAUUUAACAGCAGAUAAAUAUACAGCGCAAAAAGAAUAAACAUUGCCAUCGUUAAUCCUUAUAAAACUACAUUUUAUAGCCGUAGAAAACAUUAAUUCAAGUCAUCAAAAAUGUUCAGUCGAACUGCCCUAGUUGUCCUGCUGAUCCAUCUGCUGCUACAAACCGUUUCGCCAGCCCCUGUUGAGCGCUCUCAACUUCUAUCGUCGAUCCAGGAAAUUCAACGCAAAUAUGCCUCGCUUGAAAAUGAGGAGCUUGUGUCGAAGGAAAAGAACACAGUCGAGCUGGAAAACGAAAACGACAAUAAGCCGGAAGUGGACGUGGACAAUAUAGAAAACAUGGAAUCAACAGCGGAAACGAUAGAAGGCAAUGCAUCCAAAGAAGCAAUUCGGAAAGCCAAAUUAAUGCAACCGAAGCUGCCAGAGGAUCUCAAAGCUCAAGCCACAAAAAGAAAGAAUAAAAUGUUCGGAUACUUUGGUUACUACCCGCAACCUACUUAUCCGCAUCCGCUGUCUUAUCCAUCGUACUAUCCCUGGGAAUAUUAUGAUGAUUAUGCUUCGUUAGAGAGUUUUCCAAGUGUAAAUCCGUUGGCAAACCUACAAAACUAUCAGCAAAACAUGGCAGCACUACAGAGCAUGGCUGCAAUUCAAAACAUGAAAAACUACCAACUUCCAAACGUUCCAUCGACCAGUCUCCCACAUUUAGGUAACCUGGAUAAUAAUCAGGCCGCGCAGGAUUAUCAAAACUAUGGUGGAUUUUCAGCCGAAGACAGUUUUCAAAAUUUAGACGACGAAGAGAUUCUAUCUCGUACCAAUCAAGGAGUUCGACGACGACCUAACCAGAAAAACUCACCAAUUUAUUACAUUCGUCUUCCACCAACUCCGUACAUGUUUGUUCCAGGAAUCGGUUAUAUCUCGCAACCUCCUACUAUUCAACCCAUGUCACCUGCCAUGCCCCAGUAUCCCCAAUUAGUUCCGCCAGUUACAAUGAGUCCUUUCUACAAUCUACCUAUCAAUUUCGUUUCCAACGGUAAACCAUCCGGAAUCUAUCAGUGGAGUGGAACGCCGUCUCCUGCUCCAAUGCCUCAACCAGCAUUUGGCUUGCCCUAUCCUGGUGCUCGUCCGAUGCAACAUCGCCCUCCGUUUAGGCCGAAUCCGUUUGUUCAGGACUCUAAAAUUACGCAUUUGAAGGGUCCAUUCAUUUUCAACGGCAGGCCGGAAGAACUUUUCAUACUCCAUAACUCUAUCAACCCAUUCUUCCAGCCACCGAUCAAUCCUAUUAAUCCAUUUAAUGGGUAUUAUUAGACGGAUUUGUAAACGGACUUGUAUCUACGGAAACAACAAAGCAAGAUGGGCGACGUGUUUCAUUUGCAUUGACGAUGAUUGACUGAUUUAAAAAGAACAAUUAGAUGAUUAUGAAUUUCGCACCGUAACACCCUCUUCUUGGGUCUAACUGCCUAAUCUAAUGCCUUAUUUAAGCUAAAAAGUGCAGAAUUCUAUACAAUUAGAAACGAGUUAUAAAAGCAAGCGGUGAUUAUUCUCGAAUUGCUGCCGAUUUUGAUAUUAUUGGAAUAACCAGAUUGUAAAUCAGUAGUCGAAGAUCGUAAAAAGCUAGGACAAGACUCGACAGCUGGCUUCUUAUUUUUCUUUUCGUAACGGCCGUCAUCCCCGUCGAAAGUUUUUGAACGUUCCAUACCGUUGAUGCCAGAAUGUUUAUUUUUAACAACUUCUGCAGGUCAAUGAAUAGAAAACAAAUUGAAAUUGCAAUAUAUAGGCGAAUAAUGCUCAAUUUUUAUUUAUCAUUUUAUGUUCAAUGAUACAUACUUCUACUAUCAAAUUUUUUCUUUCUAAGUUUCUUGGUACCCAAAUUUUUUCUUCCUAAGUUUCUUGGACUUCAACAGAAAUAGUAGAAAACAAUUAAUCAAUGCAUUUUUAAAGUUAUAACAGUGAAAUACAUUACUCGGUAAUAUCAUGUACCUUGCAUACUUUUGCAUCAUUAUUUAUGAACAAUAAUAAUAGCUAAAUUAUGACUCUCCAGCAUCACUGCGUUACAGUGAAAAGUAACCUCGCUGUAUUUUCUACGUGACGAUUGCGUUAUCGGAUUCAGCAAAUCAGCAGCCGGUUCAAAUUGGUUGAAUGUAACGGUGACCAGCUGUCGCGUCUUGUCUUAGGUAAAAAGCAAACGCCUAAAUGUAUACGGAUAUACUAUUCUAAAAGUUGCACACAAGUUAUCCAUGGGGAUGCAGUAUAUACUAUCAUCACAACAGUCUUUGGAGUCAUUUCGGAUUUGCGAACACAGUCGAUCACGUGUCUUGCUUCAAAGUGCCUCAUAUUAUAAUAAUUGUAAAGCUUGCGACAUUAACUAAUCUUAUUUAUAGUUAAUUUUCGAGAUCAAUGAUCAGAAUUUAAUAUUUCGAUAAGCGUUUAUCGUCGAAAUAAAUUGUGUUCAAAUCAGCUUAAUUGAACACAAUCUUGUACGCAACACUACUCUCUAUAAUCUACAACUUGGUGAAAUGUUUCACGCAAACGCACAAUCGAAUCGUGUUCACAAGUGAAAUAUGUCAUUGACUUGAAUCAACUAAAGUUAUAACUAACUAUAUCUAAAAUAAACUUAAAUUUAGCACAUCAAACGUUACUGAAAAUCGUUUGUUUCGGAUUACUCAUUAGGAGCGACUUGGGCUGGUUUCUCGACCGAUUUUGCAAGUUCUAGAGUAAAAUUGUAUGCAACACGUGGUAAGUUCGAUAUAUCUACGAUCUAGAAUAUCAACAAGUGAAAACUAGACUUAAAAUAGUAGAACAAAUUCAUUAUGUGAGUAACAAGUGAACUAUACUCUAGUAAUAAACAAUAGGCAUUACAUUUUUAGAUUAAAUAGCUAUUAAGUGAAAUAUUUGCGCUUUUCAAUUCAAGCAAUUGUCUGUUGAUAGGCCUGCAACGCAUUAUUACGAUUACUAACUAUUGAUAUUUUGGUGAUGUUCAAAAUUAAUUUUGAAUUAUUUUACGUAUAUAUUAAAAUUAUCGUAGUGUGAAACUCAGAUCCUUAUGUACUUAGACGCGGAAAAGUUCUAGUAUUGUAAUAAUUAGAAAAUAACAAAUUGUACUGAUUAUGUGUAGAAAUAAAAGAUAGUUUCCGAACAGAA